GGAAGUUUCGCACUUGGCUAGAACCAGAUUCGCAUAAGCCACCUCUCGCUCGUCGUUGAAUAUCUCUUCGAAGAUGGCUGAUGAAGAAAGCUACUGUGAAAUCACGGUUUGUUCCUCCCUCUGCAAAGACGGGUUCGUCAAUCUCCAUGGUCGUCCAUGCAAGAUCAUUGAGCUGACUCAAUCGGAUUCCGGCGAUGUCCAUAUAAUCGGUGCCGAUAUCUUCAACUCCGAGAGGUGUGAGCAAGUUAUUCCUUCAACGAACACCGUCCAGGUGCCGAACAUCAAAAGGAGGGACUACAAGCUCGUGGACAUCGGUAGAGAUGGGUUCGUCUGCAUGAUGAACGAAGAGGGUACAGUCAUUGAUGAUAUCCGUCUGCCUUCCGACGAGGACUUGGCCAACAGGCUACGCGAGGACCUCAAGAAGGACACGCCUACUCUGACCAUAACGACCGUGGCAGCCAACGGGAAAGAGAUGAUCGUCUCGUGUAGAGAGGGUGCCUGAGAAUCCCCGAGAGGGGACAACGAGAGGGGAUGUACACCUGACGAAAAAUCGGACUUUAUUGGAAGAAUCCCAUUCGGAAACAAUAAACG